AUGGCAGCAAUGAUGCGCAACCUACGAGCGCUGCGUCGUAGUGCAAUUAUGCAAGUAUUCAUUCUUGUUUUUAUUUUGUUCAAUAUUUUUGAGGUUACGCAGAUUCUACGCUGCCUGUCGAGCCCUACGAACGAACCUGUUACUAAACCAUCGGAACGAGUGUACAUCGCUAGUAUGUAUUGGAACGGCGAGCAGGCUCUACGAAGUUAUUGGAACGAUGCCGUAAUCGCUCUAGCUAAUGCGCUUGGCCGGGAGAAUGUCUUCGUCACAGUCUACGAAAAUGGGAGUUGGGACGAUAGCAAAGGUGCCUUGAGGGAGCUUGACAUGGCGCUAGCGGCACAUCAGAUCAGGCGAAACAUAACUCUUUCGGAGACUACUCAUCUAGAUGAGAUCUCUGUCGUGAACAGAGGCUCAGGCUGGGUAGACACACCUAGGGGAAGGAGAGAGCUCAGACGGAUACCAUAUCUUUCUCGACUUCGUAACUGGACCCUUGAGUCUUUGCAGGAGCUAGCUCGGCAAGGGGAGCGGUUUGAUAAAGUCCUUUUCUUGAACGACGUCAUGUUUGAAGUAGAGGACGUCUUCCGAUUACUCCAUACGAACAAUGGAGACUUUGCAGCCGCUUGUUCACUGGACUUUAGUUCGCCUCCGCAGUUGUACGAUACAUUUGCGCUCCGGGACGCCGAAGGUCAUGAACCACUUAUGCAGACGUGGCCUACUCAUACGCUGCAGCCGCUCGACGUCGUCAUGUUUGCUCCGUUGGCAGCUGCAUACAAAGCUGAGCUUGCCAGCUUCUUGAAUAUCUCCCAAGGCCUCACCUCCAUCACCAAGCGCGAUUUCUAUCGACUUUUCAAUGCCGCAUGGACCUCCUCCUUCACAGAAACGCUUGUAACAAAGGCCUUUGCAGCUACAGGGCUUCAUCCCUUCGAGCCGGACGCAAUACUCCGUCGCUUCAGCACUGCAACUCCAAGCAACUCUAGGCCAUCUUCAAGCAAUAGCACGACGUCAUUACUUAGUGCAAGCGAUUGGAGAAAGAUAGAGCGUCUUUUAAGGCAGGCUGUGGAUGAUAUAUAUGAUACAAAGUCGAAGAAGCUCAGCCAAACGAUCUACACUAUCUCCGUGAAAAAUACCCUCCUUCAGCAUGAGAACAGCCAACUUAAAGAGACCCUAGUCAAUUAG